AUGCGUGUGUCUGGACUAGUCCUGAUUCCUUGCAGAGAGCUCUUUCACUCAUUGCAGCAUUCAGCAAGGUUGGUCUCAAGCCGUGUUUGUUUUCGAUUCGAGGAGGAAGUGAAGGCAUGCGCAAAGAAAUGCAAUCUUCCAGUCCCCAACGACCAGUCAAUUGGUUACGACUUCGGCUAUGGUUCUCUGAACGAAACGGAGGAAAUGUGCAGGACCCGAGGCCAUAUAACAAUUUUUCAGUGUAUGCAGCGAAUUUUGGAAAAGAAAUGCCAAAGCAACGCUGAGGAGCGCUACCUCAAAACAAUCUGGUCUUUUACCCUCGAUACCCGCCGAUCUGAACAGGCUGCGAUAUAUUUAUGCAAGGAACACAAUCUCCAAAUCUUCCGCCGGCACAGAAAUGGCUGUCUUCGUACGCAAGAGAAAAGGGCUGAAGUCUGUUCCCAAACAAGGAACUCUACGAUGCUGGAGGUAGUGAAUGCACUACGAAGUGAAUCCUUGAAGUCAUACACCACUCCGGAAAUACACCUAGAUCGACUGAAAUCCAUUCUUGAAAAGUAUGAAUGCAAAUCGAUUAAGGCAAAAUUGGAUUGUCUGUACAAUCUUUUGCGCAACACCUGUCACCCAGACGCGACUCUGCUCAUUCUUAACUACUUCAAGGAGACUCUUCCACCAGACUGCGUUUUCUCACCUUCGGCGGAGGUAGGACACAAACCUCUGCUACCACCGCUGCCGCCUAUGUCACUCCCCAACGCAUUUCCGCAGUCGCCAAGUCGUCGACGAACCCAUGCAGAGGUUAUGAGCGACUUCCCUCACGCCCGAUACGUCAAUGACGGUUUCUACGACGAUCCGAUCUCCGCACACAUCACCUCAUCCUCAAUGUCUCUCACACCCUUUUCAAUGAUAUAUCUCAUUUUACUCUUUGUUAUCUUUCCAUCAUGA